GCAACAACGCCCGUCCCGAGCUCGCCAUUAACGCGGGGGGGGCUUGCGGGAGAGUCGGGCGUUUAAUGAAGCUACUUCUCACACGAGAUCACCGGAUCCUGCAGUAAUGGGCGCAGGACGAGUCAUAAAGUGAAGCGGCCGCGAAAACGUUGAAUCAUGGCGACUCGAGAGCCGAGGCUGAUGGUCAAGCAGGAGCAAGACGACGACUCUGACGCAGAGGAGCCGACUGUGUCCUUCAGGAGAGCCGACCAGCAGAUCAUCCACAGCGGGCACUUCAUGGUGUCCUCCCCGCACACCGAGCACCCGCCGAAGAAGGGCUACGACUUCGACACCGUUAAUAAACAGACCUGCCAGACGUACCGCUUUGGGAAGACCAGCACGUCGCAUUUCUCCAUCGACGUCUCGCUGACGAAGCUCUUCGAGUGCAUGACGCUCGCCUACAGUGGAAGGUUGGUGUCACCGAAAUGGAAGAACUUCAAAGGCCUCAAGCUGCUGUGGAGAGACAAGAUUCGCCUCAACAACGCUAUUUGGAGAGCCUGGUAUAUGCAAUAUGUAGAGAAGAGACAGAACCCUGUGUGUCAUUUUGUCACUCCUUUGGAUGGAAAUAUGGACUCGGGAGUACAUCGGCCAACAGAGGCAAUCGCUACAGAAGGAAAGUACUGGAAAAGGAGAAUCGAAAUCGUGAUCAGAGAAUAUCAUAAAUGGAGAACAUAUUUCAAGAAAAGGUUACAGAAGCACAAGGAUGAAGACCUGUCCAGCCUUCUCAGGGGUGCGGAGGAACAGUUUUCUCUCUUUGGGGAAGUGUGUCCAGACACUUGCCGUGUCCUCUUGUACCAGGAUGAAGACGUCAGCGCGGGAAGCCGCCGCAGAUCCCGCAGGAGUCACGAUUCACCUGUUCCAAUGGAGAUGGACCUGCUCUUCGACAUGGACAUGCUCAUGUCUGAAUUCUCAGACACGCUCUUUUCCACGCUGGCCUCUCAUCAACCUGUAGCCUGGCCCAAUCCGAGGGAGAUUGCCCAUGCAGGUAAUGCAGAUAUGAUCCAGCCAGGCCUCAUCCCACUGCAGCCCAACCUGGACUUCAUGGACACUUUUGAGCCUCUGCAAGAUUUGUUUCACACCCUGCGUCCGCCAGCCUUCCCCCCCACUGCCCCAGCAGUCACUGCCUUAAGCAGCAGCAGCUCCCAAACACAGGCUCCCAUGCUGCUCUCAACUGAGCUUCCCUCUCUGCCGCUGGACUACCGUCUCAUCCCUUCUGCUCCUUUGCCCAGCCACCUCUCAGUCGCCAAUCAGGAUAAUGGUAACGCUGUUGGCCCGUCCUACCAACAAACCUACAUGCCUCUUUUCCCAGAGCAAGUGACCCCCUCCAUCCCACCGCCAGCUCCUCCUGUCCCAGCAGCCCCACAGCCUCUCCAGUGUGGAGGUGUUUCCACCGUCACUACAGUCCCGAGUGUCCCGGCUCCAUCCGUAAUCACACACACUGCCCCUUCCACAGUAACUCCCUCUGAUGCAGCCACCACCUUCAGUCACAGAUCAAGCUUUGAGCUGCCCACCGCACCGUCUCCACAGCCUGCGGUCUCCGCCUCACUCAGCUCACAGCCGGUCAACUUCGCCUUGCCCAAAUCCAUUCUGCCUCCUGUCUCUAACAAAAAGGCCAGACAUCCACAGAGACCGAUUGUCCCGCUGCCAUCUCCUCAGCUCAUACUCACAGGUCCCUCCAGUGCUGUGAUUGUCACUCAGUCCCCUCUCAGCGCUGAUGUUGUCCCCAGCACUGGUAUGGUCAUUGCCCCCUCCAGUAUUCCCUGUGGUUCCGCUGGUUUUCAUAUUCUCCCUCAGACACAGAAGUCGCCACAACUAAUCGUACCCAAAGAGGAAACUGCCACAACUAUAUCCAACAACAAGACAUCCGUACAGUCAGCAAGUACAGCACAUGACGGACGAGUCUCAGGUCAAGGGUCGCCUCUGGGAGCAGAGCAGGUCCCGAGCCCUCAGUCACCCCUCAACCCCUGCGCAGGCAAAAAUGAAGCCAGUCAGGGGGAACUAGGCCAACCGAGCAAGAGCCGCAGAGUGAAUCACAUAUCUGCCGAGCAGAAGAGGCGAUUCACCAUAAAUGCCUGCUUCAAGACGUUGUGCAAUCUCGUGCCGACUCUCAGGUCUCAAUCAAACAUCAGUAAUGCUGCGACACUUCAGAAGACAGUUGACUACAUUAGCAAACUGCAACUAGAGAGACAACAGAUGCAGGAAGAGACCAAGAGACUACGAGAGGAGAUUGAGGAGCUUAAUACAUCUAUAAGCUUGUGUCAGGAACAGCUCCCUGAUACAGGGGUUCCCAUCGCACGCCAUCGCUUUGACCACAUGAAGGAGAAGCUUGACGACUAUGUGAAGAACAGAACUCUUCAGAACUGGAAGUUCUGGAUCUUCAGCGUCAUUAUUCAUCCUCUGUUUGAGUCCUUCAAGGCAACGGUGUCAACCACCAACAGCACAGAGCUGUGUGAAACCACCAUGCAGUGGCUGGAUCGCUACUGCGCCCUGCCAGUCCUCCGGCCUAUGGUACUCCGGACGUUACGACAGCUCUGUACCAGCACCUCUAUCUUGACGGAUCCCUCACUUUUGCCUGAGGAAGCUAAAAAGGCUGCUCUCAACCCAAAAAAACAUUCCUCAGGAUAUUAGUUUCAACACUCUGACAUCUAAUAUGUGUCCCUGGAGCACAAAAGCAGUCUCAAGUCGCUGGGGUAUAUUUGUAGCAAUAGCCAAC